AUAUAAAUAAGGUUUUUAAAUACUACUUACAUACUUUAACAAGUAAUUGUAGUAGCUUUCUGUAACGUAUUUGUUUUAGUCAUGACGUCUAAUACUAUCAUAGAUUUUUCUAAAAAAUCUAUAGUCUUCAUCACAGGUGCCUCUAAAGGUAUCGGUAGAACAAUCGCAAUUGAAAUAUCCAGAAAAUUGGAACAAAGUUCUAUAUUAGUUUUAAUAGCUCGAUCUCAAACUGGCCUGGAUGAAACUAAAGCUCAAAUUGCCGAAAUAGAUAAAUCAAUUCAUGUGGAAACAGUAACAUUAGAUCUUUCCAAACCAGACAUUAAUGAAUACAACGAUAUUUUCAAAAAGGUAUUAAGCAACACAGAUACCAAGGAUAUAAAAACUGGAAUAGUUUUUCACAAUGCUGGGCAUGUUGGAACUGUUAAACAAACAACAGAUUUAACAGAAUUGGCUGUUUGGAGAGAGUAUUAUGAUCUGAAUUUGUUUUCAACUGUUUUAUUAAACAAUGUAUUCAUUAAACAUCUUAGACCAGUUGCACCACAAUUAGUUGUUAUCAAUAUUACCUCUCUUGUUGGGCGUGUCCCAUUCAAGAAUCUAAGUAUGUAUGGAUCAGGAAAAGCUGCACGAGAAAUAUUCUUUAAAGUAUUGGCUCUAGAGGAGCCCAAUAUAAUUGUUCUCAGUUAUAGUCCAGGCCCUGUAGAUACAGAUAUGUUUAAUUCUAUUGCUGAAACCGCUCAAUCUGAAGAAGUUCGCCAGUCUUUUAAGGACAUUAAGAACUCGACUGUUUUAACUACAGACAAAACUGUUAAUAGGAUGUUAGAUGUAUUGGAAAAAGGAGAUUAUAAGAGUGGAGAUACCGUCGAUUUUUAUGACAGAUAAUGUUUUAUGUUAUAUUAAUAUUAAUUAUGAACAAAUUUGAUAAAAGCUUAUAUAAUGUGUUAACAUUCCAACUAUGUAUUAUAUAAACUUAUUUUAUUGUUAAAAACUCAAACUUUUAUACAAAUCAACUAUGUUAGUCAAAUCACGUAGCCAAAGGUGGCAAAUUUUUUUUCAAGGUCUUUUUUAUCAUAUAGUAAAACUAUAAAUAAAAAAUAAAUGAUUGCGAAUUUAAGUGGUGUGUUUAAUCCGGCAUACCGUUGUAGCAUUUUUAUUUUCCAGUUUGUGAGAAAAAUUUCCAUUUGGAGGUCUGUAUUUGCUGAAAAAGUGGAGAAUUUAUAAUUCAAUUUUUUCUCUUUUCCGGCAAAUUGGGGUUAGAGGAUCAGACUAAGACACAUGUUUGUAAUAAGCUGGACCGAGUGC